AUGGAAGAGCGCGAGCGUGCUCUCAAGGAAGUUCUUACUGAUAAGGGCUACAAGGCGAUCGUGGAUUUUCCUGGCUGCGUCUUCUUCGAAGAUUUUAUGCGAAUGAGCCCCGACGCAAAAGUUAUUCUUUCAGGGCUAGCUGCCUGGUUCAAAUCCGUCGACCAGACCAUUUUUGCGGAGUGCACUGGCGGUCGAAAGACGAUUCUUCAAAUGCUUUUUCCUUUUGGUCUUCAUCGACAUGUGAUAAAGCCAAUUUUUUGGCUUCCUUUUGCCGACUUCGACCGAAUGCAAAACACGAUCGAGCGAAUGUUCAGAGGCGCUCCAAAAGACUAUUCGAAAGCGGGAAUGGAAAAAUGCUACACUGAUUGGGUGGGGCACGUCAAAGCUACUGUUCCGAAAGAAAAGCUUCUCGUUCAUAAUGCUAAGCAGGGAUGGAAACCUAUUUGCGACUUUCUGGGCAAGCCGGUGCCCGACUGUCCCUAUCCAAGAGUCAACGAUUCAGCAGAUUUUCAGCGAAAAAUAAUGAUGGCUGAUGCGAUUUCUCUUGUCUCGAUUGCAAUCUUUUACGGUGGACUCUUCUAUGCUACCAAAUAUGCAAACGGUGCUGGAUACUUCGACUUUUUGAAGAAAGUCGUUGUUGAUUUCCUGCAAUGA